UCACACUGAUAAUUUUGGAUUUUCGUACUUUAACCGAAAUAUUUUAAACUGUGUAGCUAGCUCGAUAUAACUGUCAAUCUGGGUGUAGAAAUUUAUUUGUAAUUUUCACCGGUUCUCAUGUGCAAUUUUCGAUUGUGUUAAACCAUAUUUUGACUAUAAUUUAUUAUAAUAUAAUGUUAUAUAGUGUAUGUGGUGCAUAAAACGGUGCGAAAAUGGAUGACGGUACAGUAAAUAUCCAGUCCGGAAUUAACAUCAACAUAAAAAGAACAGAUGGACGCAUCCACUCGGCAAUCGUGUCUGGUGUGAACGUGGAGACGCGCUCUGUGACGGUAGAAUGGUUCGAGCGCGGGGAGACCAAGGGCAAGGAGGUGGAGAUCGACACCAUCCUCGCCCUCAACCCCGAGCUGAUCGGCACUCGCCGUUCGCCGCACCUACAGCCCGUCUCCAAUGCGCCCAACAAACUCGCCAGGGAUAUGACGCGACAGUCAAUUCCAGUUGCGACAAAAGCGCCGGCGCGCGUGACGCGUAACAACCAGAUGCGUAUGUCGAACGCGGGUGCGUACACGAACGGGCAUGGUGGAGACACGACGGGCCGCCGCGGCGCAGAAAAUGUACCUCCGCCGCCGCAGCCGCAGCAACAGCCGCCCUCGAACUCACGACUCACGCAGCAGAUGCCGGCGUCGGGCGGGCGGUCGCGCACGGGCAGCACGCCCAGCGCCGCCUCGCUCACGCAGCAGCACUCGCACCAUCCGCACCACGCCCAGCACCCGCCCAACUCGGGACAGAAACGCAUGCAAAACAUCAAAGAGUUCAGUAACAGCGGAGGCGGAGGUGCAGGGGGCGGGGGCGGGGGCAUGGCGCGCAACACGGCGGCCUCGGCCAGCGCGGCGUCGGUGCCGCACGCCGUGGCCUCGGGCGCGGUGCGGCGCUCCAACGUCGUCAAGGAGGUCGAGCGCCUCAAGGAGAACCGCGAGAAGCGGCGACAGCGACAGGCAGAGCUCAAGGAGGAAAAGGAGGCCCUAAUGAACAUGGAUCCCGGCAACCCGAACUGGGAGUUUCUGGCGAUGAUCCGCGAGUACCAGAGCAGCAUCGAGUUCCGGCCGCUGGUGGGCUCCGAGCCUGUCGAGGAUCACCAGAUCACAGUCUGCGUCCGCAAGCGCCCGCUCAACAAGAAGGAAAUCAAUAAAAAAGAGGUGGAUGUAAUAAGUGUGCCCACGAAGGACCAGAUGAUAGUGCACGAGCCCAAGAACAAAGUGGACCUCACCAAAUAUCUCGAGAACCAGAAAUUCCGAUUCGACUACGCCUUCGAUGAUUCCUGUACAAAUGAAAUUGUUUACAAAUACACGGCCAAGCCGCUAGUGCAGACGAUCUUCGAGGGCGGCAUGGCCACCUGCUUCGCCUACGGACAGACCGGCUCCGGCAAGACGCACACCAUGGGGGGAGACUUCCAGGGCAAGAUCCAGGACUGCAAGAAGGGUAUCUACGCGAUGGCGGCGCGCGACGUAUUCACGUAUCUCAAGUCCCCCAAGUACAAGCCCCUCAACCUCAUCGUCUCCGCCUCAUUCUUCGAAAUAUACUCCGGAAAGGUGUUCGACCUGCUGGCGGACAAGGCGAAGCUGCGGGUGCUGGAGGACGGCAAGCAGCAGGUGCAGAUCGUGGGCCUCACCGAGCGCUGCGUCGACAGCGUGGACGAGGUGCUGCGCCUCAUACAGCACGGCAACGCCGCGCGCACCUCCGGGCAGACAUCUGCGAACUCGAAUUCGUCGCGAUCGCACGCCGUGUUCCAAAUAGUGGUGCGGUCUCCCGGCAUGAACCGCGUGCAUGGCAAGUUCUCCCUCAUCGACCUCGCCGGCAACGAGCGCGGCGCUGACACCUCCUCCGCCAACAGGCAGACGCGUAUGGAGAGCGCGGAGAUCAACAAGUCGCUGCUGGCGCUGAAGGAGUGCAUCCGCGCGCUGGGCAUGAAGGGCAACAACCACCUGCCCUUCCGCGUCUCCAAGCUGACGCAGGUGUUGCGCGACAGCUUCAUAGGGGACAAGUCGCGCACCUGCAUGAUCGCCAUGAUCUCCCCCGCCAUGUCCUCCUGCGAGCACUCCCUCAACACGCUCAGAUAUGCCGACAGAGUGAAGGAGCUGGGCACGGCGGAGGGCGCGCGCGGGCGGCCCGAGUCCCCGCUGGCAGACGUCGACAUGGAGCCGCCCGGACACGAGCUGGCGCAGCUGCGCUCACUCAAUGAGGGCGACAUGUCUGCGGAGAUGUUCACCUUCCACGAGGUGAUAGACGAGCUGCAGCGCGCGGAGGAGGAGGUGCUGGACAACCACAAGGCGGUGGCGGACUACAUGCAGCACGCGCUGCAGCGGUGCUCGCAGCUCUUCGCCAUCACACGCGAUGUUGACUACGAUCAGGACGCGUACGCGACGCAGUGGGAGGAGCUGCUGAACGAGCAGCUGGUGGUGCUGGCGCAGUCGCGCGACCUGGUGGCCAAGUUCCGCGCCAAGAUGCAGCAGGAGGAGCACAUGUCGCGCCGCAUCCAGCCGCGGCACCACUAGCCGCCGCCCCCCGCACUUGUCGCCUGUCACCUGGCACCUGACACCUGUCGCCUGGCACCUGUCGCCUGUCGCCUGUCGCCCGGCACCUGUCGCGGGUGCGCGAGCUCAGUGCGUAGCUCGACGCGGCUCCGAGGGCUCGACGCUGCGCUUACUAUUAGUUUAUUUAUUGAUUUCUCUUGCAUAGGUUUUAUGUUAAUGAUAAUUUGUAUGAACAAUUAGUGAGUUUGUUUGUGAGAGCGAGCGCGCGACCUCCGAACUAAACUCGAUUUAUAAAUUUGCCAUUGCUUUUCUAACUUUGCCGUCAUCCGAACAGAUUAACAGACCGCGAGGUGGCGUCACUCGCGAGUCUUUGAGUGCCGAUUGACCGAUCGUUCCUAUGAAAACAUUUCGCGGGAAAAGACGCGACGUAGCUGGUCUACUGAUCUGUGACCGGAAUGAUGGAACGGAUAAUGUAACGGUCUCGGGAAUUCCUGUUGGUGUUCCUGCUUCGAUGAAACGACUAAUUUUUUUUUGUUUGACAAAGCAGAAUUUCCUGAGACGAUAUUUCGUGUAGAGCCGUAAACGUAUCAGUUGAGUUGGAGACAGGCGCAAUCGAUAUUAUUGAGUCGUUUGUAAAGAUAGAUUUUGAUGUGGUAUAUCGGUAAACAAAUCCGUUCAGUGUGUAAGUUUCUCGAUAGGUAAAAAACUACUAAUAGAUUAUUGAAUAAAAUAAGGCUCUAUAAAUAUAAAAUUUUGUGUAAAUCCGUGUGACGAUGUUUCUUUAACAAUGUGAUCGCAGUUUUGUUUCAUAAAUAUUUAACAUUAUAAGUGUUUCCUAAUUACCUAACUUGAAUGCAUUUAACUUCGCUAAAGGCCUACUUGUCAAAUUGUAGAUAUAUUAUAUUUAAUUAGCUGGAGAUUGGUUGAGUUGUCCGAGUACAAGGCGAUGCGAUGCGAUGUGAUGCUGCUGACCUGUGCGGCGCGUCUCUGUGUCGUGUGUCGUGUGUCUGUAUGUCUGCAUGUCUGUAUGUAAUUGUAUGACAAAAUUAAUAUCCUAUAUAUGAUGAAAUCGAUCAAUACUCGAGAUGUUGUGAGAAUGAAUUAAUAUACUUAUAAUUAACAUUAUAAAUAUUUGUUGCUGCGUCGAAUCUGUUGAAGUAUUGACAUAUCUUUGCUUUGACGAGUCGCUUGUUAUUGUAUUGUUGAAAUUUAUGCAGAGGAGAAAAGGGGGAGAGGUUAUUGUGUUGCUUUUCUGCAAUGAAAAAGACUUAAACAAAACUAUAUUGUACUGAGAAAUAUAUUAAUUGUUGGCCAAAACUGAAUUCGUUUUUUGCUCGGAGUUACUUUAAUAAUCGCGAUUAAAUUAUAAUUUACUUGCGAAUUAUUUCCUCUUGACGAAUUCUUCGUGUCUUUUAAAUUGUAAAAGUUAGACGAAACGAACAAUAUUUAAAUGAUUGUAUGAACGGCACAGUUCUAAGUGUACUGGGCCUAUUGUGAUACAGAACAUGCGAGGUUCUACGUUUGACGCUUUUUAUUCAAAUGUUGACAGCCGACUUUGUCUAUCAUAAAAUUUGUACUAGUAACUUUCGUAUUGUUAUUGCCAACUUAUUAUAUCUUGUUCCAAUCCAAAACCUAAAAUAUAGUCAAACUGCACACUAAAAUUCAAUAUAUUUCUUUUCUUCUUAUUCCAAAAUAUUUCUGGCGAAAUACUAAGCUAUCAUUAUUUGAGUAUCAUUCAACUUUGUCUCGUAAUAUUCACAUACUAACCAGAAAAGUAAAUGAUCAUAAUGGCCGCCAUGUUUAGAAUUUGACGUUAUACUGUUUAUUUAAUUUCGGCGUUGGAUUGAAACAAGAUAUAGAACGAUAUUUAUAAGUCACGGCUAGAAUAUAAUAAAAAUAUUUAUAUACAUUUUUUUUAAUUCAUCGCAAAUCCAUCGUAAUAGAAAAUUCGUGUGUAUAUCCUAGCUUUUUUUUACGGUUCACAUCAUUUUUGAUAUAAAUACUGGUCCGUAUAGACACAGUCUGAACACGUCCUUAGAAUAUUUAGAUUUAGCAUAAGUUAGAUAUCCUAGAUACUAAACUAUUCGAAUGAGGGAUGUUUGUGUCGGAACCAUAUUAAAGAUUUAUUAAUUUUUGCCCAAUAUUUGGAGUUGGCGGCCAUUUUUUGUUGGAUUAACUACGAAAAAUUUGACACUAGUUUUCUUUUUUCUUUCGAUGACAAAAUGGUCGCUUAGCUUCUUUAUAAUAUAAAACUAAGACAUUAUACGAGAUUCCAUAUUUUUAUUUAGACAAUUUACUUGUCUUUGAGUUUCGAUAAUUAAUAGUAGUCGACUAAAAAUGAAAAUCUACAAACGAAUUAGUGUGAUCACUACUCAUAGUAAAGUGGGAAUUAAUAUAAGAAAGUAUUUAAUUGUGAUAAUAUUAGAGGCGUUAAUAACAAAGUCUAAAUUUCUUUUUAAUGUAUGGAUCGUCAUUUACAAAACAUCAUCAUUGCUUUGCUAUUUUAUUCACCGGUGAAAUA